AUGAACCCUGCGAAGUACGAUAAGAUAGCGGACAUGGCAAACUUGUCGUUUAUGAAUGAAGCAUCUGUUUUGCACAAUCUAAAGGCAAGAUACUACUCGGGAAUGAUUUAUACGUACUCCGGUUUAUUCUGUGUGGUCGUCAAUCCAUAUAAACGGCUACCGAUAUAUGAUGAAGAAAUAGUAGAGUGGUACAAGGGAAAGAAACGUCAUGAACGACCACCGCAUAUAUUUGCGAUUGCCGAUGGAGCUUACCGAAGCAUGCUUCAAGAUCGUGAGGAUCAGUCAAUCUUGUGCACCGGCGAGUCUGGAUCAGGCAAAACAGAAAACACUAAAAAGGUCAUCCAGUAUUUAGCUUCUGUGGCUACUUCCGCAAAGCAUCAAAAAACAUCAGCUAAAAAUGUACUGUCUAAGAUAAAUACAAAAGACGUCAAUAUUGGUGAACUUGAAGCACAGCUUUUGAAGGCAAAUCCUAUACUAGAAGCAUUCGGAAAUGCAAAAACUAUCAAAAAUGAUAAUUCUUCACGUUUUGGGAAAUUCAUUCGCAUAAAUUUUGAUACCUCUGGAUUCAUAGCUGGGGCUAAUAUUGAGACAUAUCUUUUAGAAAAAGCUCGUGUUAUUCGUCAAGCGCCAGAUGAACGCUGUUUUCACAUAUUUUAUCAACUUUUGGCCUCUGCUACUCCAUCUAUGCAACAACAUCUACUAUUAAAUCAUGCUAGCUCCUACCGCUUCCUUUCAAAUGGCAUGAUUGAACUCCCAGGAAUUGAUGAGCAUCAAUUUUUCCGUGAAACAACUGAAGCCAUGGAUAUAAUGGGUAUUAAUAGUGAAGAUCAGAACGCUAUAUUCCGGGUAAUAUCUGCCGUACUCCAUCUGGGAAACUUUGAGUUUCGUCAGGAAAGGAAUUCUGACCAAGCAACUUUACCAGAUCAUUCAGUUGCUGAAAAGGUAGCUCAUCUUUUGGGCAUUCCUUUGAACGAAAUGAUCAAAGCAUUUCUGAAACCUCGCAUAAAAGUUGGUAAAGAUCUAGUAUCAAAAGCUCAAACAAAGACUCAAGUGGAAUUCGCUGUUGAAGCGAUUUCUAAAUCUAUCUAUGAAAAACUCUUUCUCUGGUUGGUCGCACGAAUAAACAAAACAUUAGACAAAAAUAGACGGCCAGGUGCAUCAUUUGUUGGAAUUCUUGACAUCGCAGGUUUUGAAAUUUUCCAAGUGAAUUCCUUUGAGCAGCUAUGUAUCAAUUAUACGAAUGAAAAACUUCAACAAUUAUUUAACCAAACAAUGUUUGUUUUGGAACAAGAUGAGUAUACACGUGAAGGCAUUCCAUGGGAAUUCAUAGAUUUUGGACUAGAUCUACAGCCUACAAUCGAUCUAAUUGAGCGCCCUAUGGGUAUCUUCGCUCUUCUGGAUGAAGAAUGUUUCUUCCCGAAAGCAACUGAUAAGUCGUUUGUUGAAAAACUCAUGAAAUCUCAGGAUAAGCAUCCAAAAUUGUGUAAAACGGAAUUCCGUUCCAACUCCGAUUUCGGUGUCCUUCAUUAUGCUGGUCGAGUGGACUAUAAUUCAAAUCAGUGGUUGAUGAAGAAUAUGGACCCUCUUAACGAUAAUGUCGUCGCAUUGCUUCAGACAUCUAACGAUCUGUUUGUUCAGGCUAUGUGGAAAGAUGCAGAAAUUGUGAGUAUGUCAGCUACAUCUACAAAUGAUACUGCUUUCGGCUCUGCUCGUGGCGUAAGAAGGGGAAUGUUCCGUACUGUAAGUCAGUUGUACAAAGAUUCACUCAUACGUCUGAUGACUGUAUUGAAAAAUACAUCACCAAACUUUGUUCGCUGUAUCAUUCCAAAUCACGAGAAAAAGCCCGGUCGAAUUGAUGGCCCACUGGUCCUCGACCAGCUUAGAUGUAAUGGUGUGUUAGAAGGGAUCAGGAUUUGUCGUCGUGGGUUUCCAUCACGUAUUCUCUUCCAAGAAUUCCGACAACGUUAUGAAAUUUUAACUCCUAAUUUUAUUACAAAGGGUUUUAUGGAUGGUCGAAAAGCUGUUAAUGAAAUGUUGAAGGCUCUUGAUUUAAGCCCUGAAGUUUAUUGCAUUGGUCAUAGCAAAAUAUUUUUCAAAGUCGGUGUUCUCGCUCAGUUGGAAGAGGAUCGUGACAUACACUUGACCAAUACAAUCAUUAAGUUCCAGGCAUAUGCUCGAGGAUAUCUAGCACGACGCGCUAAAGAACAACGUCUGCAAAAUAUUCAAGCCAGCAAGAUAAUUCAGAGAAAUUGUGAGGCUUAUCUUAAACUCAGAAAUUGGGCUUGGUGGCGCUUGUUCACGAAAGUGAGACCACUUCUUACUGUUACUCGUCAAGAAGAUCUAGUUGCUGUGAAGGAAGAAGAACUUAGAAAGAUUCGAGAACAAAUGGAAAAAGUUACCAGUGAUCUAAGUGAAGUGCAAAGAGCCUAUGAAAAAUUGAGCAAUGAAAAGGCUCAGUUAAAUGCUGAAUUACAACAAGAACAUGAUUCGAAUCAAAAUUUACAAAUGGAACGUGAUCGUCUACGAGAAAAACUGCAGGCUUUGGAAGAAGACUAUGUGGAGUUGGAAAAUAAAGAUAAUGAAGAGAAGUCUAGAUUACAUGCCCUGGAAGCCGAACAAAAACGCCUAUUAGAACAGCUAACAGAUCUAUCUGACCAGUUAGAACUGGAAGAACAACAGCGCCAAAAGUUGCAAGUUGAAAAAACCUCUAUGGAACAGAAAGUUUCCCAGCUUAACGACGGUUAUGUCAGCAUUGAAGACAAGUACAACAAACUGCUUAAAGACAAAAAGCAGUUAGCUGAUAGAAUAGAUUUAUUGACCAGCCAGUUAGCCGAAGAAGAAGAACGUACCAAACAACUAACUAAGUUAAAGAGUAAACAUGAGAGCGGUCUUACAGAACUUCAGGAUAAACUUGCCCGUGAACAGAAAUCUCGCCAGGAUAUUGAGAUGGCAAAGCGACGACUUGAAACAGAGGCUUCUGAACGUUCAGAUCAGGCGUCAGAAAGUUUAAGGCUUGUUGAUGAACUUCGUGCAACUGUCGCCAAAUUAGAGGCAGAAGUUGCUCAGUUACAGAGUCGACUUGAUGAAGAAAUCGUUGCCAAGACUAUGGCGCAGAAAAGAGUACGAGAAUGUGAAUCUCUAAUUCAAGAACUUCAUGAAGACUUGGAUACUGAACGGAAAGCCCGAGACAAAGCGGAUGAAGCUAAAAGAGAUCUUACAGAAGAAGUGGAAGCUAUGAGGUUAGAACUCCUUGAUAGCGGGACAAACAGUGAAGCUCAAACUCAAGCUCUCAGAAAGUAUGAGUCGGAUUUGUCUAGUCUGCGUCAUCAACUUGAAGCUCAGUCCAAUGCUCAUGAAACAGGAAUUCAAGAAAUGCGUAAAUCUCAUGCCUUAGCUUUGGAGGCACUCAAUGAACAAAUUGAACAACUUAAAAAGAGCAAAACCGCAUUGGAAAGAUCGAAAGUUCAACAGGAUUCAACAACUGAAGAACUAAAGAAACAAAUUCAAAGCCUUAGAUCAGACAAAGCAGAAAUGGAUAAGCGUCGUCGCCAAGGAGAACAGCAAUUGAACGAGAACCUCGUCAAAGUCCAGGAGUUAGAAAUGCAGCGUAACGAUUUAGAAUCCAGACUCAACAAAGCGUUAAAUGAAAUUGAGGGUUUAAAUAGUGCCAUGGAAGAAACUGAAACGAAGCUUGGCAAAGUUUUACGUUCUGAGACAUCCGCUCAAGCCGAGCUCAACCACCUUCGUGCACGAUUGGAUGAGGAAACUCAGGCAAAAUUGAGCAUACAGUUGCAGCUCCGUCAAGUGGAAGAUGAACGAGAAUCAGUAAAGGAUUUAUUGGACUCUGAAGAGCACGCAAAAGUUGCUCUGGAAAAGCACGUCCUAACGUUAACCAUGCAGAUGCAAGACGCAAAGAAAAAGCUCCAACGUGAAUUGGAUGACUCGCGAAAUCGCAAUGAGGAACUUGUUUCACAAGUUGAAAAGUUGGAGAAAUCACGCAAGAAACUGCAAGCUGAGCUCGAAGAUAUGAAUCAUGUCAUGGCUAGCCAGCGAUCUGACCAAGCUAAUAAUGAACGGCGAAUUAAGAAGCUAGAGUCAACUCAUGCAGAAACUGUCAACCAACUUAAUAGUUUCCAAGCUCAAAAAGAGGCAUUCUAUCAAGAGAUGCUUGAAAAAGAUACUAAGCUUUUCACUCAAAAGAAUGAAAUCGAAAAACUGAAGGAGCAGUUAGAAGAAGCAGAGCGCCAGCGUUCAAUGCUUGCUCGGGAAUUGGAAGAACUUGGUUCUCAUGGAGAUGAUGCGGGAAAGAGUUUAGUGGGAUUAGAACAAACUAACUAUCGUUUGAAUGAACGGCUGAAGGAAACCCAACAACAAAUCGAAGAAUUAGAGGAUGAAAUCUCUACAUUCACAAUGGAGAAACAACGUGCCGAGGUUCAAAUGAAUGCCGUCCGAACCCAGUUAGAACGGGAGCUAGCUUCUCGUGACGACUUGCUGGAAGAGCAAAGACGUCAGUCUCUUAAACGUAUCAGAGAACUGGAAACUGAACUAGAAGAAGAACAAAGAGAACGUGCCAGUCAUCUAAACGUCCGCAAAAAAUUGGAGGCAGACUUGGCAGAUCUCAGUCAACGUCUUGAAUUGUCGAAUCGACAGAAAGAAGAAGCCGUUAAACAGUUGAAAAAGUACCAGGGUGUUAGUGGUGGUAUUCAGCGUGAACUGGAAGAUGCCGUUCGUGCUCGCGAACAGGCUUUAGAAGCUUCACGAGAGUUAGACAAAAAGUAUCGUGCCUUGGAUUCAGACAAAAUUCGAUUACAAGAAGACUUGACUGUAAGUGAAAGAACUUGUCGUACUUUGAAGAUUGAUCUCAAUGAAGCUUUGGAAGAGUUAGUUGCUGCAAAUUCCGCCAAAACGGCGGCGUUGGAUGAAAAAAAGCGCCUGGAAGCUCGUAUUACUGCUUUGGAGGAUCAACUAGAAGAAAUACAAAGUGCUAUGGAUGCCAGUGAAGAGCGCCAUAGGCGAGCGUUCACUCAAAUGGAACAAGCUCAAACAGACCUAAGCAUUGAAAAAAACAACUACUUACGUUCUGAGUCUCAAAGAAUAUCACUGGAAAAACAGGUAAAGGAAUUACGUGACAGGUUAGUUGAAGCGGAGAAAGAAGGAGGACGUCGUGGAAAAGCUCAGAUAUCAACCUUAGAAGCUCGUCUUGCAACUUUAGAUGAGCAACUAGAAGCAGAAAAACUAGAAAAGUUGAACGCAAACAAAAAUUUCCGUCGAUCCGAGAAAAAGUACAAGGAUCUUCUCCUUCAGAACGAAGAUUUGAAGCGCUGCGUCGAAGGACUAAAAGAAUCUUUCGAAAAAGCUCAGACAGCAUGUAAACGAAGCAAACGAGAAGUAGAAGCCCUAGAAGAAGAGAAUGCAAGAAUUAAUGCAAGAUGCCGUCGACUACAACGAGAUCUUGAAGAAGUGAUGGAAGCGAAACGGAUCGUUGAACGAGAUUUACAAAACCUUCGUAAACUUAGCCGAAGUACUACUCGUCCAAAUCGUCAGUUAUCGUCAGUACUCUCAACACGUACUGGCGAUGAUGGAACGCUAGAUGAAAAUCAUUCAAUCAAUGAAUUGGAUUCUGUAACUAGUGAUUUUGGUAAUAGUGCUAGUGGAGGGGGGUCAAGCACUGUCAAUAUUAAUAGUAACAAUCAUAUUCCUCCAUCGGCUGAUGAGAACUGA